AUGCCCCGACCAGUCGGCAAGAGGAAGCCAGGGAUGACAGCAGGAAUCGCAGAUGACUCGAAUCCACCGGAGAAGUACCAAGAGGCCUCCCCAGGCCAAUGGCUGGCCAGCGCGCAUCAGAAUGCAAAGGACGUGCCGAACUGGAACCAUCCCAGGUCGAAUAUCUGGAAGACGCUGGCGGCAUUCUGGAGCUUUUUCGUCAUGGGCGCAAACGACGCGGCUUCCGGGGUACCGUUAGUCCCAUACCUGCAAUCCCACUACACCCUCUCCUACCUCGCCGUGUCCGUGAUCUUCCUCUCCCCGCUAAUCGGCUUCACCAUCGCCUCCCUGCUCGACACCAAGAUCUACCUCGCCCUGGGCCGCCGCGGCGUCGCCAUAAUCUCGCCUUCCUGCCACCUACUCGCAUACAUCGCCAACAGCUUCCACCCGCCGUACCCGGUCCUCGUGCUCACGCUUGCCCUGGCAGGACUCGGCAACGGGCUGGCGGACUCCGCGUGGAACGCGUGGGCCAGCGGCAUGGAGCACGCCAGCCAGGUGCUUGGGUGUCUGCAUGCGGCGUUUGGGCUGGGGGCCGUGGUGGCGCCGCUUGUGCUCACGGGGUUUGGGGCAAGGGGGAUGCCGUGGUAUUACUUCUAUGAUGUUAUGAUUGCCUGCGCGGCGGUGGAGUUGGUCUCGUCUGUGGCGGCGUUCUGGGACUCCACUGCUGCGCCUGGUGAGUACCGGUACGCGCUUGCAGAGUCUUUGUUGAAGACGAAUGGGGAUGGGAAUGGGAGCAGGCCCAGCGGGCUGAGGGAGACGCUGUUCCAGCGGGCGUCUGCACGGAUUGCCUGGACGGGCUCGGCGUUUCUGUUUCUGUACGUCGGGAUUGAGCUCGGGGUGUCUGGCUGGAUUGUGUCGUUCAUGGGGGAUGUCAGGGACGCCGGCACGACGGUCAGCGGGCUGGCGGCGGCGUGGUUCUGGCUUGCGCUUUCAAGUGGACGGAUUGUAUUGGGGUUUGUGACGCCCCUUGUUGGAGAGAAGCUUGCUGUUGCCGUCUACAUUCUCCUCGAAGCAGUCUUCGGCCUUGUCAUCCAUUUUGUCGCCGACAUCCGCGUUGCGGCCGUCGCCACCGCAAUGCAAGGCUUCUUCCUGGGCCCGCUGUUCCCGGCGAUUGUGCUUGCGACGGCACGUCUGCUCCCCGAGGAGAUGCAUGUCACGGCGAUUGGGUGGCGACGGGGUUCAGCAGUUUGGGCUCGACGCUGCUUCCGUUCCUGA